CCACCUGAAACAUGAUGAAUCUUGAGCAAUGGUUGGGGGCUUUUAUAAAUCAUUGGCUGGGCAAGUGUGAACAAGUGGAGAUAUUAGCUUUGGGAACCACGUUGGAUCUUCUAGGAUGAACUUCCUAGUACGUUUACGUUAUGGUGCAGUUAAUGUCAGUUCCUAUGUGAGUUAUGAUCAUAAAAACAUGAUUAAAACCUACAGAGUCUCUAUCAUGAAGUUUGCGAGUAAAAAACGGGUCUGGAGUGAGUAGGCAUUAUUUGUAUCGUGUCCAAUUCAUAAAAUCGAUGGAUGAAAAUGGGUGCGUGUCCAUACCAAAAGGCGGAUGAGGACCAAUGGCGAACCAAUUGAAUUCCGCUUUCCAUGAGGAUCAUCGAAGUACAGUACCAAGAAGAAGCUGGUAUGUUAAUACUCGACGAUGAAUAAACGUUCUCUCAGUGGGACAGCAAAGGAUUAGGUGGUGUUACAUGGAUUCCACCCUUACCAAACUAAGUGGUUCCGAGGAUAAAUUAUGUAAAUGCACACUAAUUACAAGGCCUAUUAUCUUCCACUACAGUCUUCGUCAGUCUUACGAUGGAGGAGGUCGAGGCUCAACCAGACAUGGCUGAGGAACAGAUCUCGCUGGAGAAGCACAAAGUGUCACCAUUGCUGCCAUUGAAGAAGUUCCUCCGGAUAUCAAGACUCGCCGGAGGCUUCCCAAUCAAGUUCAAAGACGACACCUUGAGCGAGUUCCGGUUUGAAAAGUUCGCCUACAUUUACCUCAUGUCCUGUGCCUGUCUAUUGGGAUUCAACUUGAUGAGCAUUGGCCUGAUCGCGCAUCUCAAAGGCCGUCCUUUGUGGAGGAUGGUGGAUUUUCUACGAGAUUGCGGAAUGUCCACCACGGAUGGUGUGGCCUCAAUCGCCCUUUACCUUCCCACCAUGGUGCUCACCAUCUGGUUCGCAAUUAAUUACAUCAAGGCUGGGGAGCUCACCACUGAGUUCUGUCAGAAGUUCCUGGCCUUGAAAGGCAUUCAUAUUUUAGAAGUUGACUUUGUCCGAAUCUACGGGAGGACCCUCCGCCGAAUCCAGUACAUCUACGUCUGCGUGUUCGCCUCCACAACGCUAAUAUCGUUCAUUUAUGGUCAAAUAAUCAUUCCGGGAGCAUCGCUGGAUUUCGCCACCGUCAUGUUCUACAUCAUCUUCUUCAUUGAUGGCCUGUUUGUGUAUUUUCCCCUCAUCAUUGCGGCCAGCUUUGCGAUUCUUUCGCAGGUUCUCGGCGCUCUCAAUCUCGCUUUGGAGCAAUACAAUCAGAUCAUUUUGGACAAGCUGUACACUCCUCCGAAUCCGGCCAAUUCUGGCGAUGAGGACGACAUGAUCUUACUCGGGAAUCAGAUCGUGGACAUUCUGGAGUUCACCAACACCAUGUACGGGCCUAUGCUGAUCUUUGAAUACACUGAGUGCAUCAUCUUCAUCGUCAUCGGCUACUUCUUCGGCAUCUCCAUGUUCACAGUCUUGGAAGAUGGCCUUCGACUCGUACCCUUUCUGAAUGGAUUAGCAUGCUUCUUGAUCGGCGUUUCGGCCACGCUCCGGGUUUACGGUCACAAUUCAGGAGGACAGAAAUUGUGUCGACAAACCACGAAGGCGAGGAGGAACCUGCAGAAAUACGUCUCACACAAGUUCUGGACCCUCUCGGCCGAGAGUGCGAAUAAUUAUGAGCUCCAAGUGAAGUACCUAUCCAAGCCGGCUCCAAUCCGGCCCAUGGAUAUUUUUGACCUGAAUUGGUCUUCGGCUCUAUCUCUUAACGGUCUUAUGCUCACUUAUAUCAUUGUACUGUUGCAGUUCAAAUUGGGCGAAUAAGUUACAACAAAGUGACAUGAAUCUACUGUAACUGUUCCUGAAGUAGAGCAUGUUCAGUUCGAUUUAGUGCGAAUAUUCUGUUCUCUCUGCGAGAAUCAAGAUAAUCUCAGAAUUUGAAAUCAAUAAA